AUCAAGAUGGAGACUUGUCGGGGACAAUUUCACUUGUUAUGACACAGUGUUGUAAAAGAAUAAAAGACACAGUUCAAAAACUGGCAUCUGAUCAUAAAGAUAUUCACAGCAGUGUAUCCCGGGUUGGCAAAGCCAUUGAUAAGAAUUUUGACUCCGACAUCAGCAGCGUGGGGAUAGAUGGGUGCUGGCAGGCUGACAGCCAGCGAAUCCUCAAUGAGGUGAUGGUGGAGCACUUCUUCCGGCAGGGGAUGUUGGAUGUAGCCGAGGAACUUUGUCAGGAAUCUGGUCUAUCAAUAGAUCAAAGUCAAAAAGAACCAUUUGUGGAGUUGAAUCGAAUAUUGGAAGCAUUAAAAGUUAGAGUUCUGAGACCUGCAUUAGAGUGGGCGGUAUCCAACAGAGAAAUGCUUAUGGCACAGAAUAGUUCGUUGGAAUUUAAACUACACAGAUUAUAUUUCAUUAGUUUAUUGAUGGGUGGAACAGCAAAUCAAAGAGAAGCACUUCAGUAUGCGAAAAACUUCCAGCCGUUUGCCCUAAAUCAUCAGAAAGAUAUUCAGGUUUUGAUGGGCAGCCUGGUAUAUCUGCGGCAAGGUAUAGAGAACUCUCCGUACGUUCAUCUAUUAGAUGCAAACCAGUGGGCGGACAUCUGUGACAUCUUUACAAGAGAUGCCUGUGCUCUUCUGGGUCUCUCAGUUGAAUCACCUCUCAGUGUUAGUUUUUCAGCAGGUUGUGUAGCAUUACCAGCUCUAAUUAAUAUCAAGGCAGUUAUUGAACAAAGGCAGUGCACAGGAGUUUGGAACCAGAAGGAUGAACUACCGGUGAGUUGA